AUGGAUGAACAAUCAGUAUCUGCUAAUGGCGUCAAUGGGGCUAAGAAUCCUCACUCUGAAAAGCCAGAGAAGUUCAAAGGAGUGGACUUCAAACGAUGGCAGCAAAAGAUGUUGUUUUAUUUAACAACAAUGAACUUGGCAAAUGCUGUCAAAGAAGAAGUUCCAGUGGCAACAGAGAACCCUGUUUCAAAGGAAACUCUAAGUGCCAUAGAUGCUUGGAAGCAUUCUGAAUUUUGUUGCAGGAACUAUAUCUUGAACAGUCUAGAUGAUAAUCUUUAUGAUAUUUAUUCGGCCUGUAAAACAGCCAAGGAAUUAUGGGAAAAACUGGAGAAAAAAUAUAAAAUCGAAGAUGCUGGUUCUAAGAAGUUUGUCAUUGGCAAAUUUCUGAAGUUCAGUAUGGUUGAUUCCAGGUCUGUCAUCGCACAAGUUGAAGAACUCCAGAAGUUAAUCUCUGAACUUCAUGCUGAGGGAUGUUCAAUUAAUGAACACUUUCAGGUUGGUGCAAUAAUUGAAAAAUUACCACCAUCUUGGAAUGAUUUCAAGAUAUACCUCAAGCAUAAGUGCAGAGAGAUGAAUAUGGAAGAUCUCAUUCUCAGGCUACAAGUGGAAGAGGAUCAUAGGAAGGGUGACAAAAAUGAUGUGUCUGCCUUAGAAGCCAAUGCCAAUAUCGUUGAGGGAAAAACCUUCAAGCCUAAGGAUCAAUCCAAGAAGAAUACGGGCAAGAAUUUUAACAAGCAAGCUGCUGCCCUUGCACCAAAAGCAAAGGAUUUCAAGAAGAUUAAGGGCUCUUGCUGGGUUUGUGGAAAACCAGGCCACAAAGCACAAGAAUGCCGCCAUCGAAGGGAUCAUAAUCCUGCCAAUCAAGAUUUAUGGUGGAGAAAAGCUGUAUAUGGGCAAUGCCUCUGCUUCUGCAAUUCAAGGAAAAGGCAAAGUGGUGCUGAAAUUCACUUAUGGAAAGAAUCUGACCCUGCAGAAUGUGCUGCAUGUUCCAAAAAUUAG